GGUUUCGAUUGGUUCUAACUGCUGCGCGCUCGCAGCUCCCCGAACCUCUGGACUCUGGUGAUUGAGAUUUCCCCCUUUAAUUCUGGAGCGGAGCCUAGGCCUCGGAGCGGGCCGAGGGGCCAGGGAAGGACUCCCCCGCGGGUUCUUCCGACGGCGCCGAAGUCUGCCUCCAGCAUGAAGAAGAUUUUCAAUUUCGGCAGCAAGAAAGGUCAGUCUCCAUCUCGCUCCUUCGCCGUCCCGCGGAGGGACUGCGGGGUCCCGGAGUCCGACACCAGCGCGGGAUACCUCCUCCGGGACAAGGAGCUCGGGAAGCUCCACAAAGCCGCCUCGGUCGGGGAUGUGGCGAAGGUGCAGCAGCUGCUGCUGCUCGGGAAGCACGACGUGAACGAUUUGGAUAAAGUGAAGCGGACUCCUCUCCAUCUGGCCUGUGCAAAAGGAUAUCCAGAUGUUGUGUCUCUCUUAGUACAAAGAAAAUGUAAACUAAACUUGUGUGAUAAUGACAACCGAACACCUUUAAUUAAGGCAGUACAGUGUCAGCAGGAGGAGUGUGCAACAAUCCUGCUGGAACAUGGUGCAGACCCUAAUCUUGUGGACUCGAACAACAACACUGCACUUCACUAUGCUGCCUCUGGUCAGAACAAAGCCAUAGCAGCACAGCUGCUUAAACAUAAAGGUGAUAUUGAAGCAAAAAACAAGGAAGGCUAUACACCACUUUUGCUUGCAGUUACAGAAAAUAACCAUGAUAUAGUAGAUUUUUUCUUAAAGAAUGGAGCAAAUGUGAAUGCCUCAGAUAAGUCUAAAAGAACAGCCCUCAUGAUUGCUGUCAGUAGUGAACCAACUGGCAUAGUCAGUCUUCUUCUUGGAUAUGAUGUUGAUCUCUCUUGUCAAGAUAUAUACGGAUGGACAGUUGAGCAGUAUGCUAAGCUCAGUGGAUAUCCUAUUCAUCGCCAACUAAUUAAUCAAUAUGAAAUACAGAAGGAACGUAAUCAGCACCUUUCACCUCAGAUCAACUGUUCAAAGAGGGUGUCUAGUACUGGCUUUAUUUUGGGUGGACCUGCCCUGGACAAAGAAGAAAUGCAGGAAUCUCCAUUGCAGACAUCAGGAACAAGAAUUUCAGGGAAAGUGGAAGAAAGUUCUGCAGAAGAAUCUCUAAGCAGACUCUCUGACAAACCAGGAGCUGAUGAUUCCUGGCCAACCACAGAUGAUGAAGAAUUAGAUUUUACUACAAAGAAACUACCCAAGUCAAACAUAACCAAAAUAAUAAAUGUUUCUCAGCAAAUAAGAAAAAGCAUAGAUGAAAAGAGUAGCACUGUCAAUACAGAACAUAGAACUUUUCUUGGGCACCAUCAGUCAGAUAGUGAAAAAGAAGAUAUGACAGAUUCCCUUCCUAAGCCUUCAUCCCAAGCCCAGUGCUCCCCUCAUCCUGCCCAUCCCUCACUUCGCUCCUUUUCAAAGUCUUCCCAUAUGAUGUCUACUCUUCUGGCUAUUAAUAAGAAGGGGAAGGAUUCUAGAAAUGGAAGUUCUCAAAAGUCACAUCACAAGAAAAUUCAUGAUUAUUUACGUAUUAAAGAUAAAACAUUGAUGGGUCUAAAGAAUUCAUGUGUGAAUUCUCAAAAAGAAGAAGAAUUAGAAAGCAAUCAAGAGGAAGGACAAUUAGAAGACUAUGAAGGUAAAGUGGCAGAGGAAGAAGAAAGUGAGGAAGAGGAGGAAGGAGAAGAAGAGGAAUACAGUCAAGAUGUUCAGGAUGUGAUAGAUGGAGAGGAAGAAUCAGACUAUGUAGAUACAGAGGAUGAAGAUGAAGAAGACUUUGAAAAUACGAAGGAAAAAGAGGGUGUGAAUAAUCAUCAGAAUCUCUGUCUUCCUACUGUUAAGUAUGAUAGAAUUGAAGCUAAAUGCAAAAUAAGUAAAGAAAAACAAGUAACGAACAUUUCUACAGAAUUUCCUGUGUCAGUUAUAACUGAUAUUUAUGGAAAAUCAGAUGCCACUUCUCUUAAGGAAGACUCAACAGACUCAGAAGAGGAAGAAAAGGAAGAUGGUAUAUUAGUUGACAAUGAUACUGGAAAGCAAACACCUCAUGAAACUCCAAGUAUUCCCAACGAACACAGUACAUCAGCAAGAAGUGUUGUUAGAAAAGAUAUGAUGUCAGCAUUAGGAUUGGAAGAGGAAGAUGAUGCAGAAUCACCUUGGGAUUCAGAGUGUACUUCUGAAAGUCUUCCAAAAGGAUCUUCCAGGCAUAUGCUUGCAGCCACAAAUCAAACCAUAAAAAACAGUAUUUCAAUGGAACAACUUGAAGAUGUACCUUAUAUACCUUCUUUCCUGAAUGAAUCAAGAAACUUUAAGAUGGAUAAACUAACGGAUACAAGAAGUAUACGUAUGCCAGUAGGCAGUUUGGAUCAUCCUCAGAGAAAUCCUAUUUUCAAGCCUAUUCAAUCCACUCUUGAAAUGAAAGAUUCUUUCACAAACCAAGAAGUAGAAAAGGAAGUUAAGGAAAAACAAAAGUCAGAUUUCAUGGAAGAAUUUGGUUUAGAUGAUGCAGAUGACAUUGAUGAUGCUUCUGAUUGGGAUUCUACCAGCAUUUCUCAGAAAAAUGAGAGUCACAGAAAUUCCAAGGAUUUAAAUUUUAAUGGGAAUUAUCCUUGCAAAUCACUGCCUCUAAUCAAAAAUUGGUCAGGAUCCACAGAAUUUGAAAAGAUACCUUUAAAAGAAGAUGAAGCAACAGAAACUGCGACUGAAGCUGAAAGUGGGCCUGCAACUAGAUUUAGAGUUGCAACUUUAGUAGAAAAUGCAGUCCUUCGGAAGCAGUGUGAAUCACCUUUAGAGAAAGAAGAUGAUAAAGAAGAUUUUACACGAGAAUUGGAAUUUAAAGGAUCAUCAGAGGGAAACCAAGAAAGUUUUGAUAAAAGUGACCAAGAACAGGAUAAAGUUACUUUAGAAACAGCCAACAUACCAGAACAAACUGCAUUUAACAAACAAGUUAAGCCACUUGAUUUACCAGUUUUGUAUCUGAAAAGAAUGCCUCAAGGACCAGAAUGCAAUAAGAAAGCUCAUGGUGAUGAUGUACAUUUAGAGGCAGAUCCAAAUUGGGAAGAAAAAUAUGAAAAAAUGUGGGUGGCAGAAGAGAAAAUGGAAGUCAAAAAGAAUUUUAAAAUCAUUACAACUGAGUUAAAGCAGAUGUUUGGUGAAAUUUAUGAAAAAGACAAAAUUGCUGAUCAGCCAACAGAGAAACUACAAGAAGAGAUACUACCAGGCUUUGAAGAGGAAUUAAAACAAUUACAGGAAGUGUCCCCUUCUUUGACAAAUAACUCAAGUGAUUCUGAGGAAAAGAAGAAACAUGGAGGCCCUUUCAGUGUAGAAGUUCUAUCAUUUCCUAGACAAAGGGAAUAUGGUAUGGAAAGUGCUACUUUGCAGAAUUUAAAACUCAUUUUUGACAAAAAUGUUCUUCAGUCAUCUUGUAAUCUAUGCUCAGAAAGUAGCAACCUACAUCUUAAGAAUGAUAAUAAGCCAGAAAUUGAAUGUACCUGUGAUGUAAAUGAAGAGGAUAUUGCUUAUAAUGCAGAAAAUAUAAAAAGAGCUGACUCAAAAAGAGGUAUAAAUGAAAUGAAGGAAGAUGAAGCAUUUGGUAUGCAAAUGGCAGGAAGUCUGAACAAACAUACCACAAAUUUGGAACCAGAUUCAGGACGUUUGCUACAGUCAAAUGGUCUAGGAAGCCAAUUUGCUGUCUGCCUUACCUGCUCUGAUGAAAUGAAAUCAGUCGUGCAAGAAAAAAAACCUACACUUAUUACUGCAACAAAAUUUAAUGAGAAAACAAAAGUAAAUGAAACCUUAUUCCAGAAUAGUGAUCACAAUGCCAAUAAUGCUACAAACAAGCUAAGACAUUGGAGACACUCCCUUCCAUAUAGUGACAAAAUAUCAAAUGUGCAACUGGAUAAAGAAUUAAAGGAAGACAUGCAAAGAUUUAAAAAUGAGUUAGGAAUAUUGCAAGUAGAGUUCCUGACUUUGGAGAAAGAAAAAAUACAACUACAAAAAGAGGUUGAAGAGGAAAAGAAAAAGCAUCAACACAAUGAAAUGGAAACAUUGGAGGGCAAAAAUGGUGAUAAAUUAAGUGAAAAUAUAAUGGCUGGCAAAGUUAAUGAGCUAUUUUCUAUGGAGAGCAAUCAACUUAAUAAAGAUGAUGAAAACAAAAUCCCUAGGGAAGAAAUUCCAAUAAUGAGCAUUUCUAAGGAAAUUUCAGCACCUGUCCACCAUCUUUUAAAGAACAAUGAUUUUGCCACGAAUAGGAAAAAUGUUAAAAAACCUCAGAAUAAUAAGUGGAUUCCCAAGGAUCCUGGUAUGACUUUAUCUUCUGAAAAGGUGAAUUCCUCAUCUGGUAUCUUACUCCACAGUUGUGAUGACAGCAGUUUAAGUGAAACAGAUAAUUAUGAAUUAAGGCCUGCAAAGAAAACAUUGAAUGAAAAGAAUAAGGACAAAGUACAGGUGGAUGCAGAUGAUCUUGAUGAUCUCACUCAGUCAUCUGACACAGCUACAGAGGAUUAUGAUUUGCCUCCCUCAAACUAUAAGAAUAUUAUGUUAUUGAUCGAACAGCUUAGUGUUGAUUGCAAAGAUUCUAUUCACCUUCUGAAAAUUCAGGAUGCAGUUCUUAAAUAUGAACGAUCAGUAGAACUUAAAAAAGCACGAUGUACACAACUCAAAAGGAAAGUUAAGAGUUUGGAAAAUAAGAUUACUGGACUACAGGAAGAAUUAUCAGAAACAAGAAAAAUGAAAUCCCAGUUAGAGCAUCAAAAAGUAGAAUGGGAUAGAGAACUCUAUAGACUCAGGUUUACACUAAAACAAGAGAAAGAAAAGCAAUUGAGUACAGAAAUGCUAUUUGAAAAAACUAGGGAACAACUAAGAAGAAAAGAAGAACAAUAUAGUAAAGAAGUGGAGCUAAAACAACAACUUGAAUUCACCCUUAGAACUCUGGACUUAGAACUGAGAACAGUAAAAAGUAAUUUUAAACAGGUUGAAGAAGAGCGAAAUGAUGCUCAAAGACAACUUUCUCGAGAGCAGAGCGCCAGAGUUUUGCAAGACGGAAUUCUGAAUAAUUAUCUAUGGAAGCAAAAGGAAAUUGAAGCAGCUGCUUCCAAAAUGAUUCAGAGUUCUGAGGUUCCUGAUAGUCAUGAAAAAGAAAAAUGUCUGCUACAUGAAAAUCAAUCCCUAUUGGAUGAAGUUGCGAAACUCAAACUAGAACUAGACACAAUAAAAAUUAAAGAUCAGGAAAAAGAAGAUCGAUAUACUGAAGAAAAUGAAGUUUUAAAAGAAAAGAAUGAUGAGCUUCAAAAAGAAUUAAAACUGAAGGAAGAAGCAUUAAGAGAAACAAUAUUCCAGUAUAGCGGACAAGUAAAUGUUCUGACAACUGAGAAUACAAUGCUGAGCUCUAAACUGGAUAAUGAAAAACAAAAUAGAGACAAACUAGAGACAGAAGUUGAAUCAUACCGUUCCCGUCUAAAUUCUGCUAUUCUUGAUCAUGAACGAAGUCAGACAUCAAAACUAGACCUUGAAAAUAUCUUUCAGCGAGAACGAGAUGAGUGGCUUCAUUUACAGGACAAACUAAGAGAUAACAAUGGUGUCCUUUCUCAAGAGCUUUCUAAAGCUGAAAGUAAAGCUAAUAGAUUAGAAAAUGAGCUGUAUCAAGUAUGUGAUUCACUCAGAGAAAAGACACUAAUUUUAGAAAGCACACAGAGAGAAUUAAACCAGACCCAAAAUAAAGCAAAGGAACUUGAAAAUAAAAAUCAAAUGGAUAAGGAAAAGCUGGACAGAUAUAUUAUCAAACAAGAAUCCAUCCAAGAAAGAUUAGCCCAAAUCCAGAGUGAAAAUAUGUUGCUUCGACAACAACUUGAAGAUGCCCAAAACAAAGGUGUCAUUAAAGAAAAAGUAGUAAAUGAUGUCCAGGUACAGUUUAGUGAUCUCUUCAACAAACUCCGUGCUGAUACUGAAAAACAAGUUCUUUUGGUAGAAGAGAGAAAUAAAGAGUUAAUCAAUGAAUGUAACCACUUAAGAGAGCAAAUGUGUAAAUAUGAAAAUGAGAAAGCAGAAAGAGAGGGUACAGUAAGAAAGCUUCAACAAGAACUUGCUGAUUCCCUGAAAAAACAAUCCAUGACUGAAGCUUCACUAGAAGUUACAUCACGUUAUCGAAAUGAUUUAGAAGAUAAGAAAAAGCAACUCCAGAAGGAAGUAGAUCAAAUCAAAAGUAAACUACAAGAAUCUCAAGAACGGCACAUACAGUCGCAACGAUCUACUAAUGAGUUGGAAGAUCAUAUACAAAAGCUUGAAAUUGAAAAUGCCAGGUUAGAAGCUACAGUAAAACAGCAAGUGGGAAAAAUUGAGAACAUUCAGAAAAAUAUUUUGGAUUCUACUAAACUUGAUACUGAAAGAGAAAAAUUAAAGAAACUAAUUGAAUUAAAGCAAUCCCUGGAAAAUCGUCUAGAACAAGAAAUGAAGAGAAAUGAUGAAUUACAGAAAGACGUGAGUGGAUUUAAAAAAUUGUUGAAAACAACAAAAAAGAAAUUAAGAGAAUAUGAAAAAGGAGAGGUUAUUUCCCAAGAAGUACUGAAGCAAACACAUUUUGAUGAGGAUAGACAAAUUAAUAGGUUGAAAAAUAAGAAUGAAGACCUUACACAACAAUUGGAAGCAACAUCUUCAAAAUGUAUACAGUUGGAAUCAAUAAAUAGAAAUCUUCGAGAAGAAUUACUUUCUAUGAAAAGCUUGCAAAAAAAAUGUGACAGACUGGAAAGGAAUAAACGAGAAUUAGAAGAAGAAGUAGUUGAUCUUAAGCAUCAUUUAGAAAUUACUAAACUAGAACAUAGUCAAGUAGAACAAUAUAAACGAGAGAUUGAAGAACGUGCAAACCAAGAGAUUGUAGAAAAACUAAAGGAAGUCAACCUAUUCUUACAGACACAAGCAGCAACCCAAGAUUACUUAGAACAAUCAAGAGAAAAUAGCAAUGCUUCAAUAAGAAACCAAAUGGAGAAUCGAAUUCGAGAUCUGGAAGCUGAACUCUCCAAAAUGAAAAACUCACAUCAAGACUCCACUAAGGCAGAACUAGAAAUAUAUAGACAGCUUUAUUCUGAAGAAUUAAAAAUCAGAGAAUCAUUGUCAAACAAAUUAGACAGAACUAAUGAGAGGCUAGCUGAGUUGAGUUCCAGACUAUUAAAUGAAAAACAAAAGAGUAGAAUUUUAAUCAACAGUUUUACUACAAGUCCAGUUCUGGAGCCUCCUCAUGUUGGGGAUCUUCAUACUACUAUGGUUCUCAAUAGGCGUCUCAUUCCAAGAGGAAAUUUAUUAUAUUCUACUGGAAACACAGUGUCUUCAACAAACAGUAUGGAGGCCUACUUGACAAAGAUGCGGCAGGAGUUGGACAAAAGUAUAAGUAGGGAACUUGAUGAAGCUAAUGCUGAAUUUGAAUCGAGAUCUUGCUGGGCUUUUCCAGUAGGAUCUACCGAUGAGUCCACAAGAAUGCCAAAUCUGAAUCAGGAUCCAGUUUCCAGGGCAACUCAGGAAUAUUUAGAAGUUUUAAAAAAAAAUUACAUGCUUUAAAAAAGGAAGAAAUAAUGUACAUUUAUGAAAUGAGCUAUGUUUACAUAAUAUUUAAUGGGUUUCCACUAAAUAUAUAAAUGA